AAUGAUGUUCUUUCUAUUCUCAGUAUCUCUUUCUAUUAUUCUCAUUUUUCUUCUUCAUAAAGCCAAAAUGAGUAGAACAACCUUUCUGCCACCAGGUCCAGUAGGACUACCUUUUAUUGGUAAUUUGCAUCAAUAUGAUAGUUUAAACCCUCAUAUCUAUUUUCGGAAACUUUCCAAGAAAUAUGGCAAAAUAUUCUCAUUGAAAAUUGGAUCUGCUACUAUGGUAGUAAUUUCUUCAGCAAAAUUAGCAAAAGAGGUAACACAAAUACAAGAUUUAACAUUUUGUAGUAGACCCUCUUUUCUUGGCCAACAAAAAAUUUCUUAUAAUGGUCAUGAUAUUGCCUUUGCACCUUACAAUGACUAUUGGAGAGAAAUGCGAAAACUUUGUGUUGUUCAUUUGCUCAGUCUCAAGAAAGUACAAUCUUUUAGAUCGAUUCGUGAAGAUGAAGUAUUGAGAAUGAUCAAGAAAAUAUCUCAACAAAUAACCGCUUCACAAAUUAUAAAUUUGAGUAAUAUAUUGAUUACUCUAACACGUACAAUUACUUGUAGAAUUGCUUUUGGCAUUAGGUAUGAUGAAGAAGCACAUGAAAAGAGGAAAUUUGAUGAACUUUUAACUAUGACACAAGAUAUGAUGACACAUUUUUUUUUCUCUGAUUAUUUUCCUUUGUUUGGUUGGCUUGAUAAAUUAUUUGGAAAUAUUCAAAAACUUGAGAAGAAUUUCAAGGAUUUAGAUGAGUUUUUUGAAGAACUCAUUAACCAACAUCUCAAUCCCAAUAGGCCAAAAUCAAUGGAAGGAGAUAUUCUUGAUCUUUUGCUUCAAUUGAGGAAAGAGCAAUCAACUUCAACUGGUCUUACUUUGGACAACAUAAAGGCAAUUUUCAUGGAUAUAUUAACUGGUGGAUCAGAUACUAUCGCAGUUACAGUAAUAUGGUCAAUGACAGCCUUAAUGAAAAAUUCAAAAGUCAUGAAGAAAGUUCAAGAAGAAAUCAGGCAAUCAAUUGGGAACAAAGGCGUUGUGAAUGAAGAUGAUAUUCAAAACAUGCCUUAUUUUAAAGCAAUGAUAAAAGAAACAUUUAGAUUAUAUCCACCAGGUCCACUUCUAGGGCCAAGAAAAUCAAUGAAAAAAUCCAAUUUAGAAGGGUAUGAAAUUCAGUCAGGAACAAUAAUUCAUGUGAACUCAUGGGCAAUUGCAAGGGAUCCUGAAAUAUGGAAAAAUUCAGAAGAAUUUAUACCUGAGAGAUUCUUGAAUAGCGAUAUUGAUUUCAAAGGCCAAAAUUUUGAGUUGAUUCCAUUUGGAGCAGGCCGGAGAGGUUGCCCAGGUAUUUCACUCGGUGUUACAACGGUAAAUCUUAUACUUUCAAAUCUUCUGUAUGCAUUUGAUUGGGAGUUGCCUUAUGGAAUGAUGAAAGAAGAAAUUGAUACAGAUGGUUUGCCUGGACUUAUCAUGAAUAAGAAAACUGCUCUUUGCCUUGUCCCUAAAAAUUAUCUCUACACCUAGUCAAAUAACUUAUGUUUAAUAUGGUACGUUGU